AGAUUUGAAAACUGGUAUAUCGGAUUUGUAUUUUACUCUGUAAUUAAGACAUACUUAAUCAUUUAUCUCAGUGAAGGAUGACGCAAUCGUCACAAGACGAUAUCCAAAAAGAAAUAGAAAUGAAGGUGGACCAGGCCCUGUUCUCAAUUUUUGCGCGCGAUAAUGCGGUUUUAACAUCUCUCAAAGAAUCUAAUUCACAAAACGAUGUAUGGAAGGAGGAGGUGAUAAAAAACUUACUUCUCAGUGUCGUAAACGAGCAAGACAAUUUCAUCGCCUGUAUAAAUUUACUGGUUAAAGCAGCCCUUGAGAGAAGAAGAUGUGUCAGGUCAUCAGUGGUAUUCAGAUGUUUGGAAGCGGCAAUGCGAGACAAUCGUUCAUUAUCUCGACUUGGAGCACGUCAUGUAUGCGAAGCAAUUUUGAACUCAAAAUUAUUGACAGUUGACCGACCAAAAAUAUGGGUGGACGCUUUUAGUCUGAUUCGCCGUAUAAUCACCUUUGUUGACUAUAAGGGAGUUCGGGAUCUUUUAAAAUUUACUUUAAUAAGUAUUAGACUGCUGCCGACCGGGUCUAGUCUAUCACAUUCGCCUUGUAUCGAUGCAGUCUUUUGUUUGAUUGAAUAUAUUAUCAACAGAAAUAACUGUUUGUUACCUGGAUUUUUGGCUGUAAAUGAAAUAUCCUCGAGAUAUCAUAGUGAAGAAAAACCUUGGCCCCAUUGGCGACUUGGUCAGUUGUUAGCCGAUUACAUGCAAAGUUUCCGACCGGCUGCAAAAUUAUUAACAAUAUCAGGUCGUAAUUGUUUGAAACCCAUUGUCGGAAUUACCAAUCAGCAAUGCUAUGGAUGGAAAUUACACGCAACUGGGGCUCUAAAAUUAGUGUUGACAGGCCCAUUACCAUGGGAUAAAGAACUAAAUCAGACUCAAAAUGGCUUAGUCAGAUAUGUCUUAGAGCAGGCAGGGUGUAACGUGUAUAUAAUGAAUAUGCUCAAUUUAUCAGGGAGUAAGACAGGUUCAAAAUUAAUGAGGUGUAUAAAUUUGGAGAACGAAUUAGUCGAUAUGGCAAUGGAAGCACUUUUAAAAUAUACAAAUGUCAAAGAUAUCGAAAGAAUGAUGCAACGUAUAAGCUCUACCCUGGUAUUUCUAGUGAUGUACCAUUUCGUUAACUUUCCUGAUAUGAUAAAUAAUCUGCUUAGUCGACUUCAAAAAAUAAACGUAGACGAAAUGAGAACUGCAAUUAGAAGGGGUAGAAAUCAUCUUAUGUGGCUCCUACUACAAUUCUUAUCUGGAAGUAUAUCGAAACAUUCAGCAACUGACUUUUUACCCGUUUUGAAAGUGAUAGACGUUUGCUAUAAAGAUGACGAAGAAUUAGAAACACCUAGCAUCGAUGAUUCAACUUGCAUAAAAAAUUUUGCAGCAGUCUCCAUUUGGACACAUGUUAUGUUAAAAGCUGCAAGUGACAAAACGAAUAUUAAUCGUAAAAUACCGGCCGUUUUGUCGAGGCAGUAUAUAUUCUUAGAAGACUUGGCCAAACAACACAAAUUCCUGAAAGUCAGCUAUCGUUUAGUGUUAAUUGCCAACGCUUAUAGUACUCAAACUGAAAAUCUUACCCCUCUUCUUACCAUCUUCCUAGAAGAAAUAUCAGGAUCACAUGAAAUGAAAGUAAAAUUAGCUGGUGAUGUUGAAGUACCAAAAGCUAUUAAACCGUUGUCAAUUGAAAUGAUGGAUUCUUGGACGGUUCACACAAAAAUGAGCUUUAUUCAUAUGCUUGUUAAAAAUAGAAUACUUAAAGGAAAUCGGUUAUCACCUGCUUUGGUUGAAACUUACGCUCGACUCCUCAGUUACAAUGACAUUGAAUCUUUUGGAAUAAAAUCUUUUGUGCAGCAAGUGUUCCACCACUUUGUCAAUAAAGGAGCCUAUGAAACUCUUCAUAUCUUCGUCGAUCUAAUAUCUAAUCGACUUCAUUUUAUACAAGGACAUUACGUGGCCAGUUUAUUAAUUAGUCUUUUAAACUUGCUUAAUUCUGGCCUUCUUCACUCGCAAUUACAGACGUCAAUAGAAAGUGCGUGUCUGCGUUUAAUACUGAAGCUCAAUGAAAACUUUUUUCAUAAAAUUGAUCCCACCGAUAAUGAGGAAAUGAAUAGGGUUAUUAUUUCUAGUUUAGCAAGAACAGUACAUAUGAGCGGAGCUGAAGGAUCUUCAAACAAUCAGGAUUUUAUAAAACAAAUAUCAAAGAAAACUCCUCUCUACUGGUCAUCUCAAGCUUUAGAAUGUUUUCCACAUCCAAUUAGUGAUUUUUUACUCUCUAGUAAGCCCGCACCGAGCGAUAAUAUUCAGAAUCUUAUGCAUUUUGUCGAUGUGGAAUUGAAUCGAUGGAGAUCAGGACCAGGAGAUAUGAAAAACUGGAUUGAUGAGACGGCUCAACCCUACUUUUUAUGUGUUUUAUAUAGAUUAAUGAAGGAAACUGGAGGUUUAACACAACAGGCUAGAGAUAUGCUUGAACAUUUACGUCCUAAACUUUUAUCACAACACGUUCGAAAAUUAGCAGAUUAUAUAGUAUUGGAAUUUUCAAGUACAGGUCAUGUUCAACAGGUCAUUGAUGUUCUUAAUGAAAUGAUUUGGAAAAUUUAUGCUUUUCCUUUGGAAAAGCUUGUAUUAUGUUUAGCUCUUCGUCAUGUCGAUGGUGUCGAUCCUCAGGUGGCUUUUAACGUUUUAAAUCAUCUCUUAUUUAAACCUCCCGAAUUACGUAUCCGUAUCAACGAAUGGGUGAAAGAAACUCCAGCGUCUCAUUGGCUAGAUCACAUGGAAACCGCUCAUGAAAUUCACACAAAAUUCCAUGCAAAUUUCCCAGAAAAGUGGGUUGUCGGCAGUGCUAAUAAUCAAAACAGUUAUCUUCCUACGUAUUAUUCAUCCGUUUGUUCGAGAUUUAUACCGUAUUGUGAUAUUCUUAUUCAAAGGUGUAUUGAAGUUGAACAAGCUUCACAGUGCUUCUUCAAAAUUCUUGAACAUUUUGGUAAAAUUUACAAGCUUCAUGAUCACCCUAUCACAUUUUUAUAUAACACUCUUUUCUAUUACGAACGCCUAUUGAGACAUAGGUCGGAUAUGAAAAGGGUUUUGGUUGGAACCAUAAAUUCAGCACUUAGGGACGCAAGGCCCCAAGGCUGGGCAUUUACCAGUGAUUUUGAGAGGAAUAUUUUCAACACAAGUAACGGAUGGAAGCCAAAUACUUCGUAUUAUUCUGGAUUAAUUAAACGUUUAUCAGAUACAUUAGAAGGUAAACCUAUAUUUCCAGAGAUCGAUUGGAGAUUCAAUGAAAUUGUCAAUGUUAAGGCACAUUGUGUAUAUGUCACUUGCGUGGAGCUUAUGACUCUUCAAGAGCAACCAGCGGACAUUGGUAAUCACUUAAUAGAUAUUGCAAUCAAAUCUUUACAUAAUUCAAGAGAGGAAGCUAUGCAGCGUAUGAACGCUGUGGGUUUGGUUCUUAUGUCACUACCUGAACCAUUUUCUUCAGUGCUUAAUGAUCUAGUUGCCGAUACCUUAAGGACUUUACCUCCUGAAGUUGAUCUUACAGCCUUUGAUUUUUACGAGACAAUGCCAGUUGGAGGAGAUGCGAAGAGUUCCAGAGUUUUAGCCAUAGUGCAUUCGUGUUGGCAACACGGCUCUAUCGGUCAGCUUUCAUCCAUACCAUUCUUUAUACGUGAAAAGAUAAGACCACUUGUCAAAUAUGAACAUCAAUUUCUCUUCGUUUGUAAAUUGAUAGGUCCUUUCCUAUAUCGUCUAGCAGCAGAGAGAACGCGGUGCGUUCUUGAGCUUACUGUUGAAUUGUACGAAAUGCUAGAAAGAGUUGAUAGAUUUGCCGGUCAGAAUUUAGUUUAUAUGGACACAAUAAGUGACUUUUUCUACGAUAUCAAAUAUAUGUACGUCGGCGAUGGAGUAAAGAAUGAAGUGGAUAAAAUAAUCAAUAGAUUACGUAAUCCGUUAAAAACAAGACUGUCUUUCAUUUCCCACCAAGCUAGAGAACAGGACCCAAAUGAAUAAUAAAAAAUAUUCUCAUUCACUUCUAUUCUACCAGAGCAACUGUUUCAUUUCUUUAUUUUUUUCAGUUACCAUCAUGAAGUGUUUAGUUUCGUUUACGAGAAAAUAAAAUUUCACAAAUCUGUCUAAAACUCUGUUAUAUAUUUUGUUUUCAACGAAAAAAGCUAAAAGUUUUUACUGUAUAUUGUAUAUAUUUAUAUGUUUGUGUAUAUUUACAUAUUGAUAUAUUUACUUUUCGCAAACAUGAUUCAGGCCUAAUAUUGUAUCUGACAAAGGUAAUGCUGAUAAAAUAACAAUUUAUUAUAAGGAAAAAUCUAGCUAUUUAGAAUAGAUGCUCUAGAAAAAAGACCACUUAUCAAACAUUUAGUUCAAUAGGUAUUGGUGAUGUAAGAUUGCAAUUUGAUAUAGGUAAAUAAUCACGGAUAAAUAAUGGCUUUCUUAUCAGGACAGAUUAGGAAAAAAACUUAACUCCCUGUCAGCCUAAAAUACAAAGCAGAUAAGGUUCUAUUGACAAAAAGCUAUAUAGAUAAGAAAUGUUUUCUUGAUAUUUAUACAUUUGUAUAUUUAUAAAGAAUUUGGUAUUUAUAUAAUCAUAAUAAUAUGUUGUUAACAGUGUUUACUCUUUAAAAAAAUGUCACAACGUAUUGACAAAGAAUUUUCAAUACUGUAGCUGUAAUUAAAAAUAAUUUCAUAAAAUUUGAGGUCCAACGUUAGAAAAUGUAGUAAAUUGAAAUGGAUUAACUAUAUAUUAUAAAUAAAUUACCGUAAUAUAGACGUAAUGGCUAUACUACAUAAAAAAAGAUUCUAUUUUGGCUGAAUGAAAAGUACAAUUGUCAAAAAUAUGGCUAUAUUAGUUAUUAAUAGUAAAAGGAGCUAGGUAUAAAGUUCACAUCCUUUUUGUAUAUGAAAUUUAAUCUUUUCAGUUAAUCCUUGAAAUUCAGCUUUUAAUUGAAAGUACGUAUCGUUACAUAAUGUGUUUUUUGUCUUUAAUUCUUGAAUUUGUCUUUCCAAAUUCUCAAUCAUUUUAUGUUUUUUAUACCGACUUCUUCGAGCAGCUAUCCUAUUCCUUUCUCUCUUCCUUUCACGUUUUUCUUCAGAUUCAGGUAGUGCCGAUGACUGUCUUCGAUUCUUUAUUGCUGACUUUCGGGAACUAAUGUCACAAGUUUCCUUUGUUUGAAUAACACUAUUAAAAAAAUUCUUCAUUUCACUCUCUUCUAUACUAUCUCCUAUAACCUCAGAGAAAUCCAAAUCCGGAAGUGUUUCAUCUUCGGAUAGUACAAACCUUGGUUGAGCUAUUUCUACCGGAUUUAGAACUUGAUGAGCAAGCCCAAUAAUAUCAAGCAAAUCAGUAUUUUCUUGAAACUUUUCCAUCUCCUUAUCGACACUUAUCCACAAAAUUAGUUUAUCGAAGUGAUGGAGCCUCUUAUACUCAGAAUAUUUUAUAUAAAAGUCCAGGGGAAUUCCCAUAUGCA